CCCAGCCAGAGAUUAUAUAAUAGGUCCAGCUAUGCGCUGUUACUAUCAGUAAGGCAUUGCCCUUUCUGACAGUUCUGACAUUCAGUUGGAAAUCUCUGUUGGGAGCAGAAGAAAUCUCAAUUGGGAAGAGAAGGGGACGCUAUGAUGGAAGACGUUGGACAGAAUCCCCUGGAUGAUGUGUACCGGAUGAUAGCAUUACCAGCAUUAGAAGCCGUAAAACAGAACCUUAACUGCCUGAAUUCAGACCUUGAAAAGGACCUGCAGAAACUGGAUGUGGAGAAUCAGGUUGUCCUUAGAAAGAUUAAAGAGAAAGAAGAAAAUAUUCGAAGCCUGGAAAGAGAGCUGGCCUUGUCACUAGAACAAGCCAAAGAGGAGGAGGAGUUGAACUGUAUCAGAGAUGAACAGGAGGAAUCCCUGAGGGAGCUGGAAUUAGAGAUAGCAAAGCUGGAAAAAAGUAAUGCAGUCCUAAGCAGGAAUGUGGUGGAGAUUCAGGAAAAGAUUGCAGGGUUAUUUACAAAUAUUGGCCGUGAAGAAGAAACCACAAAGCAGAUCCUGGAGGAAAUGAAGGCAAGACUACAGAAGUCAACAGAGUCCUGUGUAAAGCAAGAGGAGGAGCUGGCCAAGAUAGAGAGUGACUACCAAUCUGUGUCUGAGCUCUGUAAGGACCAGAUCUACUACAUAAAGAAAUACCAGCAAGUUUUGAGGACGAUGAAAGAGGAAAAGGAGGUGCUGCUUCUUGAAAAAGAAACAUCCAAAGCCCAGAAUGACUCCUCUCAAAUAGUGAAACCUGGGUCAAUUUUGGUGGACACCACCCAAAGAAACAUGGAUAAGACCACCAUUAAGAAACAGGAGAGAAUCUGUUGGUACAAGUAUUUCCAGUAUCUCACCUUCAUGGCCCUAGUCUUCAUUAAGUUGCUGGCUUGUGUGUUUUUCUACCUGCGGUACAUAAACCCAGAUUUUCUCGUGGAUGUCCUGCCCCUGGUGCUAAGCAGGGGCACCUUGGAGAGUCUGAGGAAGGUCUUACAUCCCUUGCUCACUCUAGAAGUGGAAGAAGUGCUACCACACUAGUCUAGGGUGACCUGGUGGCAUCACCCCACACCUGAGUGGAGGGGACCAUGGCUGUGGUCCCGUGUUGGGGAUGGCCAGGAAGGAUGUGGAAGACUUUGACUCAGAGCCGCUACUUGACAUCUGAG